AUGUUUCCCCCUCCUUCCCGCCUCACAAAUCGACUGAUCAAGGGCAUUCGCUUCAGUCGAUUCGCCGCUAAUUACACGUCCGAGCAAUGGCAAAAGGAUCUCGUCAACAAAGUCACCGCCUUUAUCCAAACGCAUAUCAACUGGAUCGGCGUCAACUUCAUCGACCCCACCACAACCUUUGAAACCUCUUCACCCGCGAAUGUUAAAGGAGCAGUGCGCGUGCUCGACUACGCCUGCGGCCCUGGCACCGUGACACGUGCCCUCGGCAGCCGCGCGACAGAGUACGUCGGCAUGGACCUGAGCGAGAACAUGGUGCAGGCAUAUAACCUGCGCUUCAACCCAGCAGCGGCCACUUCCUCAACCGGCGAAGAGAGAGAGGACGAAACCCUCAACGCUCACGCCGUCGUCGGCAACCUGAUCGCCGAGCAAGAACCUCCAGCCUCACUCUCGACAGAAGAGUACCGCAACUUCGACCUUGUCGUCGUAGGCCUGGGUUUCCACCAUUUCGCGAAUAUCCCACUCGCCACACAACGGCUGGUCGACCGCCUUCGUCCCGGUGGGAUCUUCAUGAUCAUCGACUUUGUCACGCAUCCUGCCGAGCCGGACGUGGCGAAGCACCCUUCUGCCCACACCGUGGCGCACAAUGGGUUCAGCGAGAAGGAAAUGAAGCGCAUCUUCGAAGGAGCCGGAUUGGUGGAUUUCGGACACGUUGCGAUGGGCGAGGAGGUCACGCUGAGGGGCACGAUGAAGAGGGAACCCUUCAUCGCAAGAGGACGGAAGGAAUGA